UAAAAAUGAUGGCGGACGAAAUGCGUGUUCCAUGUGAAAUGCAAUGUUGUUCCAGUUUAUGUUGAUCAUUUAGUGAAAUCAGUCUUUCUGGUAUUAUGGCUUGCCGUCACUUUCUUACUAGCAUCUCUAGAUCUUCUUUCAAGCAUCCUCAAGUACAGUCUAAGAUUUUAGGUGCAUGCUAUCCUACUAUUGUUCGUCAGCCCGAGAGAUUAGGGAUAAUUGGAGUGCGGCAUACAUCAAAGGGUAAGGUUGCUGCUGGUGCACCUAAACGAAAGUCAGUCCCUGGCUACAGAGUUGCAGUGACCAAAGGAUUUGACUCCCAACAUACAGGAAGCCUUAAAGGAAGUUACGGAGCAUCUGACAGACUUCUAGAUGAUAUAAUGAUUCGCAAAUACAUUGAUGGAGUGUUUUAUGACCACGUAUGCUCUGAUAUCAUCAUCAAAAGAAAAGACAAUCGUAUUAUUAUAGCAUUUAUUGUCCAAAGAGAAUGCGAUGUCAAUCAGUUUUAUUUCUUAACAGCAAUGAGUGAAAAGUUGCUUAGCGAAGUGUUUGGGUGCAUUGUAACCUUUGAGCCUCAGUCAGCAAGCCGAUUAUUGUAUCAACCAAAGCCCAAGGCUUGAUGUAUUUUGGAUGACACUGGAUGGGAUGGAGUUUUUGUGAAUACCAUUUCAGUUCUAAUCCAUUCCACAUUGUUGAACAUUCGCAAUGGGAAAUUGGAACAGAAAUCAUUGCUUAUUGUCAAAUUUACUUGAUAAUAAUAAAAAUAAUAAAUGCUAUAUACUUGUUUUAAAUUGA